CGCCAAUCGCCCGCGCCCCGCCGGCCACCGUCGUGACGUCAGCGCGCCCCGGCGCCGUCUCCAUGACAGCGGGGCAAGCGGGACGGAGGAGGGAGAGGCGGAGAAGGCGGCGGUCUCCCCCAAGCAGGAUGUACCGUAAGGAGAAGAGCAUUUUGCUGAAGGAGAGCAGCCUGGCGCUGUACAACAACAUGAGCGUCCUGCCCCUCCCGGCCAAGCAGCUCACCUACUUUGCCAGCGUGCAUGGCACCACCGUCAACAUGGUGAGCGCCUCCGACGACGGCCUCAGCUUCUCCCACCGCCAGCUGCAGGCCAAGGAGGGCAGCCUGGGCGUCGGGGCCUCCAUCAUCACCCAGGCUGCCUGGUGUGUCCUCCCUUCCCGGGUCCUUUUGGUUCUGACUUCACGGAAGGGGAUCCAGAUGUACGAGUCGGACGGGUCCAUCAUGGUCUACUGGCACGCCCUGGAGGGCUUGGAGUCACCUCCAGGGAAGGCCGUGUUUGCUCGUGGGAUCGCGGCAACCGGGCAGCGCUUUGUUUGCGUAGGGACGUCCCUGGGGUCCGUCCUCAUCUUCGACGUCCCCGCCAAAGGCACCAACAUCACGCUGAGCGAAGUCCUGGAGAAGCACUGCGACUCCAUCACCGACAUUGCCGCCGAGCUGUGCGAGCAGCCGGAAGGAGUGCCUGAUUUGGUGACGGCUGAUGACUCUGGAGCCUUGUGCGUCUGGUUUUCCGGAGAGAAGUUCACGCUGGCCAACAAGAUCCCGGCUUCUGAGUGCACCUGCUCCUCCGUCAAGCUGUGGAAUGGCAUCAUCGCGGCUGGUUACGGCAAUGGGCACAUUCGCCUGUACGAGGCAGCAAGCGGGAUCCUGCGAGCGGAAGUCCGCGCUCACGCCCGCUGGAUCUAUGCCCUGGACCUGGCGCCCCUCUCGGGGAAGCUCCUGUCGGCAGCGGAGGACUCCUUUGUGCAAGUCUGGAAACUGAGCCCCAGCCCUGACUCUGAGGGCAUUGAGAUUCAGCACUGCCAUUCAGAAUGCGUGACAGACACCAUGAUCUGCGGCGCCCGCUUCUGCAACCCCGAGGGCAGUGCCUUUGCGGUCACCGGCUUUGAGCUCAGUGAGAUAAUCCACUAUGUCCUGGCGUAGCCCUUCCUGGCCGCAGGAGGGGACCAUCUGGAGGCAGGCCUGGAGGGGGGGGCGGACAAAGCAGAGGCUCUCUGGGCAUCCUGCAGAGGGGGCUCAGGGAACAGGCGUCAGGGGCCCAACUUGCCUCCCCACUUUAGGGCCACAGCUCCCAAAAACACUCCCAUCCACUGUCUGCACGCCAGGCAAGGCGGGGAGCACAAAUCCACAUGCGACCCCCCCCCCGCAUUGCUCUCACCGUCAUGCUAUUCAAAGCCCCAAGGAGCUGCUGUCUCUGCCUUGCCCCCCCCCCCCAGCAGACCACUUCCUCUGGCUCCAGAACCAGGGACACCACCGUCCUUGCCCAGGCGAGAAUAUUUCCCAGGGCCCUCACACUCACAGACCCAAAGAACUUGGGGGGGGGGUGCAGAGAAGAAACUGCCCAGGCACUGAGAAAUGGGGGCAGGCCGGAAUAAUGAUUGCGUCCCCUACCUGCCCCCCAUAUCUUAGUAAUAUAUCCUCCUCCUCCUAUUAGAAAGGCACUUGUCAAAGGUGGUGCUUGGCCCCUGAUAAAAGUUGGCAGCUGUCUCUGAUAGAAGUGGGCUCCCAUCACCCAGACCCACGGGGUGCUGGGGUCCCGGCUGAAGUGGCGCUUGGCCCGGAGGGGGCAUAAUUCUGAAAGGACGCCCCCCCCCAGGCCUGGCCCUCCUACAGCUUCUCUCCCAGAUACAACGGGCCCAGUGCUGGUGGGAGACCCUGGCCUUGCCCCCUGCCCUGCAGCCGCCUCUUGCUUGGGGUGGGGGGCACUAGUUUUCCCAGCUGGGCCACAGCUCAGCCCUGCUGUUCUCUGCCUCCCACCGGGAGAGGCUACACAGGAGGGUCAUCCUACCGGUGGCCACAUUUAUUUAUUUUUUACCUCUAUUGCUGUAGCAAGAAAUGGAAAGGAGAAGCUGAGCCACAGUUCUUCAAACCAACCAUGCGAGGGGCAGGGAGUCAUAUUAGGUUGUUUCUUGUGCCAGGUAGAGAGAAUGAGCCGAGGACCAGGAGCCUCUUGCACCCCAGUGGCAGGGCAGGACUAGUCCCUCCCCCCCUUCCUGGCAGGAAGGGGGCAGGUCCCUGGCUCUCCCCAGGGUGCUGGACUCCACAUCCCGCCCUAGUCCCUGGCAGACUGGAGAGUGGCAGGUUCCCCUGGCCCAAGAGCAGCUAGAAGCCCCCAGGAGGGUAUCCCGUGGGUGCAAGUCAGGUCGCAAAUGUAUUGUUGUUCACACGAGUUUUUUGUUCAGAGUUUUCUCCAUUUUUGUCUACGAGCUGAACUGUGUUUUGCUAGAUGAAUAAAGAUGUUAACCGCUA